AUGGAAACAUCGCCGAUUGCAUCAUCAACAUCGUUGACGACAACUACUUUGGCGACGACGACGACGACACCGCCGGCGGUUACAUCAGCAACCAUAACAAAUGGAACGAAUCAUCAAACUGAUAUUAAUCAUGUAAGCAGUGAGAUGGAUGGUGUUGGUGGAGGAUUCAUGAUUGGCGACAGCGGUCUCAAUAACCAGAUAAAUGGAUUGGCGACGAUGAUUGCACCCAUUCCAGACAAUUCAUAUUUUCUUGAAGCCAGUCCUGCUAAACUAUUAUUACCCGGCUCUGCAAUAAAAAGUUUUAAUGCCCCAUUUCCAGAUUCACCAUCACUUUUAAAUAGUGGAAGAAAAAGAAAUUCAAUUUCAAAAUCACCCGAUAUUGGAGUGAGUCAUGACCAUUUUUUCGAUAUGCCAUUGUCAUUUGCAUCGCCUCCACCAUCGAUUAUCAAACAAAACCAUCAUCAUAAUCAUGGAUUGGGAGACAUUGAUUUCUCGGGAUCUCCCUAUUUGUCGAGUACUGGAUUAUUCAAUUCGCCGUCCAACCUCCUUGUUCACAGCAAUCCAAAACCAAUCAUUCAUCAUCAUCAUCACCAUCACCACAACAACAACAAUGGUACAAGUAAUAAUUUAUAUUCACAAUUUGAAAAUUCAAUAGAUCAUCAUGAUGAUGGAGAUGAUAAUGGUCAAACUAAUAAUAUUAUUAAUCAAAAUAAUAAUAAUAAUAAUAAUAAUAAUAAUACUAAUAUAUUAAUGAAAACAACAACAGCAACCAAUAAUAUACUAAAUAACAACAAUAAUAAUAAUAAUAAUACUACAGCAAUAAUAACCAAUAAUAAUAAUAACAAUUAUUAUUUUAAUUUUAAUAACUUGAAUAAUAAUAAUAUUCAUAAUCAUUUACAACAAUAUAAUACUGUGACUGUACUAAACCAAACCAUUAAUUUGGAAAGUUUAGGAAGGUCUGUUAAUAUAUCAUCAUCGGUAGCAGGAGGUGGAGUAUCAGGACCAAUGACACCUCGAAUGGCAUCUACCAUGGCAUCUGACCCAACAGCAUACAAUGAAAAGGCAAAUCAACAGGUACAACAAACAUCACUCUAUACAUUACUUAGAUUAUGGGUCAAUGAAACAAAACCUUCUCCAGAAUCACUAUUAUUAAAUAUGCAAGGAGGUAAUGGAAUUUAUCUACCACCACCAACCGAACCAUUACCAAUCGAUAAUGAACCAUUUGUACCUAUUAAACGCCAAACUUUAUCACAUCAAGAAUUUGAUGAAAUGAUGAUGAAAAACAGUGAUACCGAAAUUAAUAGUAGUAAUAAUCCCGAUACAUUACUUCAACAACAUGUAACAUUUUUUAAUACUGUAAAAAAAAGAAUUAUAAAGACUAAAAAGUUUACUAUUUAA